CCGUGUUUUGGCUCUUACUGUUUGUUCUUUUCUGUCUCGGAUCGAGUCGUGGAGCGCGGAACUAUCCCGAGAAUGAAGUUACGUUGCUGGACUCCAUGUCGGCGCUGGGGGAUCUGGGUUGGGAGGCCUAUCCAGCAGAAGGGUGGGAGGAGAUCAGCGUGAUGGACGAGAGGAACACGCCCAUGCGCUCGUACCAGGUCUGCAACGUGAUGGAGGCCAGCCAGAACAACUGGCUCCGCACGCGCCACAUCGCCCGCCACGCCGCCCAGCGCGUCUACAUCGAGAUCAAGUUCACGCUGCGCGACUGCAACAGCCUGCCGGGCGUCCCCGGGACCUGCAAGGAGACCUUCAACGUGUACUACCACGAGUCCAACAACGACAACCUGUGGUUCAUCAGGGAGAGUCAGUACGUCAAGAUCGACACCAUCGCGGCGGACGAGAGCUUCACCCAGACCGACGUGGGCGACCGCGUCAUGAAGCUCAACACGGAGGUCCGGGACAUCAGCAACCUCAGCAAGAAGGGUUUUUACCUGGCCUUCCAGGACGUCGGGGCGUGUAUCGCACUGGUCUCACUGCGGGUCUUCUACAAGAAGUGCCCGUCCGCCGUGCACAACCUGGCGCACUUCCCCGAUACGGUGACGGGGGGCGACUCGGCGCUCGUGGAGGUGCUCGGGUCGUGCGUUAACGAUUCGGAGGAGUUCGAGGCGCCCAGGAUGUACUGCAGCGCAGACGGAGGGUGGCUGGUGCCCAUCGGGCGCUGCGUCUGCAAGCCGGGCUUUGAGGAGGGCAAGGACGACUGCCAACCUUGUAGACCGGGAACCUUCAGGACGUCGACCAAGGACGCCUACUGCACCAAGUGUCCUCCACACAGCUACUCAGCGCAGGAACAGGCGACGGAGUGUACCUGCGACAAGGGCUACUACCGCACCCACACCGACCCUCCGUCCACCGCCUGCACCCGGCCUCCGUCAGCCCCGGAGAACGCCAUCUCCACCCUGAACGACACGUCCGUGACCCUGGAGUGGCGCCCGCCGCGGGACACCGGCGGCCGCGCCGACCUCGUCUACAACGUCCACUGCAGGAAGUGCGUCCAGGAAGGCGCGGCGUGUGGCCCGUGCGGCGGCGGCGUCCACUUCACGCCCCGGCAGUUCGGCCUCGGGACGCCCAGGGUGCUGGUGACCGGCCUGCUGCCCAACACGGACUACACGUUCAGCGUCGAGGCCGCCAACGGCGUGUCCGGUCAGGGUCUCAGUCCCAGACAGCAACUGACCAUCAACAUCACCACCUGUCAGACAGUGAGCGUCAUCCUGAAAGAGAGGAGGAGCAAAGACAGCGUGACGCUGGCAUGGCAGGGGCCCGACAGAACCAACGGGGCCAUCGUGGAAUAUGAGGUCGUUUAUUACGAGAAGAACCAGCGGGAUCAGAACUACACUGUACUGAAGACCAAAUCCAACCUGAUGACGGUGGACGGGUUGAAGCUGGGCACCACCUACGUGUUCAGGGUUCGAGCUCGUACAGACGGAGGCUAUGACAGCUACAGCGGCGAGAUGGAACUGGAGACCAGCCAUGAAGAUGUGCUGGCUGUAGGGGAUCCGAACCAAUCCACCAUCUUAGUCGUGUCCAUAGCGGGUGGAGUGGUGCUGCUGGUCUUUCUCGUCGCCUGUUUCAUCGUGAGCGGAAGGCAUUGUGGCUACAUCAGAGCCAAACAGGAUCCGGAUGAAGAGAAGAUGCAGUUUCAGCACGGCAGAGUGAAAUUGCCGGGGAGUAAAACCUACAUCCAUCCUCACACCUACGAAGAUCCGAAUCAAGCCGUCCGCGAGUUCGCCAAGGAAAUCGAGGCGUCCAGCAUUCGCAUCGAGAGAGUGAUCGGUGCAGGUGAAUUCGGGGAGGUGUGCAGCGGCCGCUUGAGGCUGCCCAGUAGGCGCGAGAUCUGCGUCGCCAUCAAGAGCCUGAAAGCGGGAUACACGGAGAAGCAGAGGCGGGACUUCCUGAGCGAGGCGAGCAUCAUGGGACAGUUCGACCACCCCAACAUCAUCCGGCUGGAGGGAGUCGUCACCAAAUGCAAGCCGGUGAUGAUCAUAACCGAGUUCAUGGAGAACGGAUCGCUGGAUACGUACUUAAAGAAGCAUGACGGUCAGUUCACGAUGGUCCAGCUGGUGGGGAUGCUGCGUGGAAUCGCGUCGGGGAUGAAAUAUUUAUCAGACAUGAACUAUGUCCACCGAGACCUGGCUGCCCGCAACAUUCUGGUCAACAGCAACCUGGUGUGCAAGGUGUCGGAUUUCGGUCUGUCCCGGGUGCUGGAGGACGACCCCGAGGCCGCUUACACCACGCGGGGUGGUAAAAUCCCCAUCCGCUGGACGUCCCCGGAGGCCAUCGCCUACAGAAAGUUCACCUCGGCCAGCGACGUGUGGAGCUACGGGAUCGUCAUGUGGGAGGUCGUGUCAUACGGCGAGCGUCCGUACUGGGAGAUGUCCAACCAGGACGUGAUUAAAGCCAUCGAGGAGGGGUACAGGCUGCCCCCGCCCAUGGACUGUCCGGUCUCUCUACACCAGCUCAUGCUGGACUGCUGGCAGAAGGAACGAAGCGAGAGACCAAAGUUCAGCCAGAUCGUCAACAUGCUGGACAAACUGAUCCGGAACCCCAACAGCCUCUCAGAGCUCACCAACAGCUCCAUGUGGGAAGACCCGAUCACCCCUGAGUUGAGUGUUAGCAGCGUGGACGAGUGGCUUGAUGCCAUUAAAAUGGGUCAGUACAAGGACAACUUUGCUUCCGCGGGUUACGUCACGCUGGACUCGAUACUUUACAUCAGUGUGAGUGAAUUGAGCAAGAUGGGCGUGACCCUCGUCGGGCACCAGAAGAAGAUCCUCGCCAGCAUCCAGACCCUCCACGUCCAGGGAAACCACGUGCAAGUAUAACAGCUCUGGACGAACUGAUCAUUAAGACAGAAGAAAGGAGCGAAUCGGAGACCGGCGCCCACCACGGACCCGCCACGCCCACUCGGCAAAUCCGCAGACUCACGAGCAGCACGCGACCCGACGGGGACGGAUGUAUCAUAACAUUAAACUGGACGUUUGAUCGAGUGUACAGUUAUUUUGCAUAUUCCGGCUUUCAUUUCCGUUACUAGCUCAGUGAGGUGUGACUGGGUGGAUUCUGGACCUAACGUUGGUGCAUUUGGACUCUAUUGUGGGUACGCCAGACAUUUUCCAGCGCGGGAACACACCGUCAGGGUGGUUUUAGACUUUCUGGACCUGAGUUUGGUACCACUGAGAGUUUGUUCUGUAAAAAAGUGCAAUAUUUAUUCUACGAUGUGUUCGCAGGAACUAAUGAGCAG